GGCGGCGGGCUGGGCUUCAGCCCGAGGGGAGCGGCGCUGCUUUAGGCUGCCCGCCCCACAGCGGAGGGUGCUGCCUGCAGCCCUUGGCCGGCGGCCACCGCCUCGCUGCAGCCCACGCAUGGCAACCGCACCCCCGCGUGCUUCUGAGCAAGCUCUUCCCCUCGGCGCCCCACGGCAGCGAUGGGCUCCGGGCCCCACCGCUCGCUCCUGCUCCUGCUGCCCCUGCUCCUGCUGCCGCCCGCGGCGUGGGCUGCCUGUGGGCCGUUGCCAAAUAUAAGCUACGCGGAGCCCCCGGAUAACACUAAACAUCAGCGAAGCUUCAGUGUCGGCUCCCAAGUAAGGUACCAAUGCGUUACAGGCUAUGUUAAACGCCCCUUGCUGCCAGAUACCAUCCAAUGCCUCGCGAACUCCCAGUGGUCUCACCUCCUGGAGUUCUGCGGUCGUAGCUGUCCCAAACUGCCGCGUCUGCAUUUUGCUAGAAUAUCAGAAGAAGAUGAAAAGCUGAAUUUUUAUGCUGUCGGUACCACAGUGAAGUAUAUUUGUCGCCAAGGCUAUGAGAAGACCACAGACCAGCUCCCCACCAGCACUUGUUCCGACAAUUUAACAUGGUCAGAAGUUCCUGAGCUAUGCCAGAGGAAAUCUUGUGGUGUUCCAGCAAAUCCAGAACACGGCAUAGUUGUCGCAGAUGAUUAUCUAUUUGGUGCAAAAGCACGUGUGGUUUGUAACCGUGGGUACACGCUAAAGGGAGCGCCAGCUGUCAUCUCCUGUUCCCUAAGGGGGGGUGAAGUUGCCUGGAAACAACUUCCACCUUGCCAGGCUAUUUCUUGCCCUUCGCCUCCAGCUAUUCCCUAUGGGAAGCACAAUGGCAAUGGUACGGAGUUCACAUACAACUCGGUCGUGACGUACUCGUGUGACCCUGGGCUCCAGCUUGUGGGAAACGAAACCCUUCAUUGUACAACAGAGGACAGCAUCAAUGGUGUCUGGAGCGAGCCUCCUCCCGAGUGCAGGGUUAGAACUACAGCAGCGACAAACCAAACUGAACUCUUGGAAGAGAGGAUGGCAGAGAAUCCUCAGUGGCUGACAAUUAUUCUCAUCCUUAUCUGCGUUGGUAUCCUAGUAGCCAUUGGAGUUCUAGUUAUGUCCGUCACGAAAUGGAAAGACAAUAAAAAAGACUCUUACAAUAUACAUUUACAAAAGCAUGAGAUGGAAGGAAGCGAUCCACCGAUGCACCCAAUGAUAACGGCUGACGAGACGCAGCCCGUGCCGUGGCACUCCUAUUUUUGCCAUAGGACGAGCUGCCACGUGUGCCCCACCUGCGAAGCGCGGCUGCAUGCCGCCCUGGCCCCCCGCGCCGAGCCCACGCACCGCGGCUGUGCCACCUGCGAGGACUGGCUGAGCGCCCAGCCCGGCACACCGCGCACCUACUCGGUCGCCAGCAUCAGCAGCGGGGAAAGCCAGAGCCCAGCAGACACGAGCUCUCCUGCCGGAGCUGCAGAUAUGCGCAGGGGUGAUGGCACAGGAGAAGCUGCUCCCGAGCAGAGCGAGGCACAACAGCCUGUGGACCACGAAAGCGACCAUCACAUCUGCCCCACCUGUGAGAACUGGCUGCGCACCCACCUCGGCCAGCGCGAAAGCCGCCCUGCAGCACCCGGGGAGCGGACGGGGGAGCCCCGCCGGCAGGACGAGGGCCCGCGGGGUCCCGUCUGCCCCACCUGCGCCGACCGGCUGCACCUCUCCCUACUCCACAGCGACACGGCGAGCUGCCCCGUGUGCCCCCUGGCCGGGGAGGGGACCCCGGCUCACCUCGUCCCCCACCGCACCCCCGGCUGCCACGUGUGCCCCGUCUGCGCGGCGCCCACCCACGCGCACCUGUGCCAGCCCCGGCGCCAGGCGCCCGACGGAUAAACGCCGACGGCCGCAGCACCCUUAGCGGCACGACGCUGCCUGGGGAGGAGGGCGAGUUGCUACACUAACUCCUGACGUUGCCAGGGAUGAACUUCUAAGUGCAGUAAGGCGACCUGAAGUCAAGUGUCUGACUUCGCCAUCAAGAAUUUCUUUGUAAAGAAGCAGGAAAAUCAAACAUACUUCAAAUUCAGCUCCAUGGUGGUUAAAUCCCUACUUUUUUUUUUUUUUUUUAGUGUGACAAAAAUAGUCGUGUGGCUCCUAAAGCGAGGCUUAAAAAUUCAGUAAACAUUUCUUUCCACUAGAAAAAUAAUUUCAUAGUAAACACCUUCUUUGCAUGAUCUUCCAAGAUUUAUGUAUAUUUUUUAAACUGCUUUUUUACUGAGGUUCCUUUACUAGUAUGGAUAAAAUAAAUGAGUAUCCUGGCUU